AUGAGAAUCUCUGCUAGUCAGCCCAGGAAGAGACUGGUCUGGCAGGAGGCGCUGGCCGGGGCGCGCUCCCGGCCGGUCCCACGCAGCAGCGGUCCGCGCGCCCGGAGGGUGCUGGACCACUCCCAGGUCCAGCGCGCACCGGGCUUCGGGGUUUGGAGGGAUAUAGGUCCCACCCAGCAUCCCCCUCUAACAGUGACUGGCCUUCAGGAGCCGCUUUUUUCUGGAUACGGCUGGGAACAGAAGCGUGCCGCCUGCAGAGCAAAGGCACGAGAACAAAUUCCGGGAAAACACUUCCCUCGCCUCUCAGAGUGGCUACAGAGAGAUUUAAGUCAUGUCAAACGAUUUCUUUUAUUGGACGCCUCUAGGUACCGCAAAAACCCUAAUGAGUCGGUCCCGGGGGACCAUGGCGUCCUGCGCCCCCUCACGUGGCUGGCUCCUCCAGGCUCCAGAAAACCUCCGCAGAUGGAAUGGGGGAUCAUUGGCGGGGAGCGCAGGCAAGGUGCGUGCGGGCAGAUGCUGGCGGAAGUGGGGCAGAAGGCGGACUGCGUGUGCCCCUACGGGAUGAAGCUCAGUUGGGACAUCAACGAUCCGCAGAUGCCUCAGGAGCCGGCGCACUUCGACCGCUUCUGCGAGUGGCCCGACGGCUACGUGCGCUUCAUCUACCGCAGCGACGAGAAGAAGGCGCAGCGCCACCUGAGCGGCUGGGCCAUGCGCAACACCAACAACCACAACGGCCACAUCCUCAAGAAGUCGUGCCUGGGCGUGGUGGUGUGCGCUCGGGCCUGCGCCCUGCCCGACGGCUCCCGCCUGCAGCUGCGACCCGCCAUCUGCGACAAGGCGCGCCUGAAGCAGCAGAAGAAGGCGUGUCCCAACUGUCACUCUGCCUUGGAGUUGAUUCCCUGUCGAGGGCACAGCGGAUACCCGGUAACCAACUUCUGGCGGCUUGAUGGCAACGCGAUAUUUUUCCAAGCCAAGGGAGUGCAUGAUCACCCAAGACCAGAAAGCAAAUCAGAGACGGAAGCUAGAAGAAGUGCCAUCAAGAGACAAAUGGCCUCUUUUUACCAAUCCCAGAGAAAGAGAAUUCGAGAACCAGAGGCUGCAGAGAAUCAAGACAACAGUGGACAUUUCAACAACAUGCCUCCCUUGGAGAAUCCAGAAGAGUUUGAUGUAAUUGCUGACACUGGCACUGGCUUCCCUAUUCCAGGACAGCCUUGCUUUUCCUUCCCCAGCUCCGAGGCUUACAAAGCUACCUGUGACCUAGCCACCUUCCAAGGAGACGUAAUGCCACCCUUUCAGAAAUAUCCAAAUCCAAGAAUUUUUUUGCCUGGGCCACCUUGCAGCUAUGGAUUGGCAGGUCCUAGUUACAAAAAUUCAAGCCCACAUCCCGCCCAUUAUCCAAAUUCCAGCAGCAUCUCUAAUGACACAGACUGGGUUCGUCUGAACGCACUGCAAUAUAACGUCAAUUCCUACAGCAGCUUUGAGAGAAGCUUUGAUUUCACCAGUAAACAACAUGGCUGGAAAGCAGCUCUUGGAGCACCUGGCCUCGGGGAGAGGCCCGACCAUGGACAGCUCCAGGCUGUGGCCACUCACCCAUAUUAUAACUCAGAGCUUCCCUGCAGGUACCUCUCCACUCCCCCGGCAGGUGCUCCAGCCCUACAGACCGUGAUCACCACCACCACCAAAGUGUCCUACCAGGCCUACCAGCCCCCUGCUCUGAGAUACUGCGACAGCAUACAGGAAGGGAAGAGCCUUUCAGGGUGUAACUAUGCUUCUGAAAACAUCCCCCUGCCCAUCUACUCGGAAAGCUUGGACUUCCCAGCCUCAGUAGCCAGGGCAGCCUCGCCAGCAGGGUCACUUCCUUUGAAAAUUCCAGGCGAUUGCAGAGCCAUCAGACCCACUCUGGCCUUUCCCCAAGAGUCCACUCCCUCCAGGACAGAUGGAGUGGAGACUUGGGAUGUGUAUCCAUCGAGGUUGGGAUCUGCGAUCAGUUAUUCAGAUGGGGCUAGUCCAUUCUUUAGCUAUGACAACGAGGACUUUUGA